AUGGCUUCAAGGACAGGGACUCAGACGUCUCCACCACCGAAGAAAAUGGCGCACUUUCCUAAGAUUGAAUCACAAGCAUCCGAGUCCCAUGACUUCAGGCGUGUGCUCUGGACUGGUGAACAUAGCCAGCUGGUCAUCAUGACUAUUCCAGUGGAUGGAGAAAUCGGGGAAGAAGUUCAUACCGUCGACCAGCAUCUGAUGUUUACAAGCGGGACCGCCAAAGCGAUUGUUGCAGGCGAAGAAAAAACGGUCAAGGAGGGCGACUUGGUUAUUGUGCCAGCUGGCACCAAGCAUAACUUUAUUAACACCGCUAAGACUCCUCUGGUACUAUACACUGUAUAUGCGCCUGCCGAACACGCGACUACCUCUGUGCACAAAUCUUUGGAGGAAGGAGAGAAACUUGAGGAGGCUGUAGCAAGGCACCUCUCUGGGACGGCUCCCGUAGAUGAAGCUCCGGUCUUAUUCAAGAGUGAAGGCAACACGCGGACCUAUAUUCUGAAUCGUCCUGCGGCACUAAACACAUUAAAUGAGAAUAUGAUAGACAUGCUAGGGGCUCAAAUUAAAGAAUGGAAUGCGAAUAAACUCUGCAACCUUAUCAUUGGUCGGGGCAAUAACAGGGCUUUCUGCGCGGGUGGGGACGUAAAGGAUAUAAUAAUGAAUGCGGCGACACCCGAAAAACAACCCGAAGCAAUCAGGUUCUUCAAGAAAGAAUUCGAGUUAGAUUUCGCGCUCGCUACCCUAACGAAGCCCUAUGUGUCUGUGAUGGACGGCUAUACAAUGGGAGGCGGAGUCGGGUUAUCGAUCGGUGCACCCUUUCGGAUAGCGACCGAGGCCUCGAGUUUCGCGAUGCCAGAAGCAAAGAUCGGUUAUUCCCCAGAUGUUGGGGCCACUUAUUUCCUGCCUCGAUUGGAUGGCGAGCUUGGGACGUAUCUGGCUCUCACAUCGAACGCUAUCAGCGGUCGGACAAUUUAUGAAUUCGGGCUAGCAACACACUUUGUGCCACAGAGGCGCCUCCCGACUCUUCUUGCCGCCCUCUCCUCACUCGCCGACACUUCCCCGGAGGCCAUCAACCGAACGAUUGAAGAACACUCCGCCGAUAUCUCACCUGAAGAUCCAUCUGGAGCUUUUAGAGGCGAGCGCCGCAAGGUAUUAGACGCAUGCUUCUCUUACGACCGUGUGGAGUCCAUCAUCAAAGACCUUCAAGAUGUUGUGUCUUCUGCUGGGUCCCAGGCACAAUGGGCUCAGGAAACACUAGAUGCAAUGCUGGCGCGAAGCCCCACUAGCCUGAGAGUGGCCCUACAAGCUGUGCGUCGAGGAAAGCACAAGGAGCUGGCCGAUGCGUUGCAAAUGGAGAUGGGGGUUGCCACUGCCUUCUGUACCGGCGCGUCUCCUGAUUUCAUUACUGGGGUCACGCAUCUACUAGUCAAUAAACAGAAGACUAGAGCCGCUUGGUCUCCAGACACUCUUGAAAAGACCCCAGAGGAUAUUACCAACCAGUUCUUUGACCAAUCGCCAUAUGUGCAACGGGCGCCCAGACUGGACUUAGACCGGACGGUGACGCCAGGGGACAAACUGACUCGCUAUGCGCUCCCCAACGAGGCAACUGUAGAGGCCGCAGUCAAAGGAUCUCUUCCUGGUUCUGGAAGUUUCGCGCUCACACCAACAGAGCUUAUUUCAUCGUUUGAGAGGCGGUGCGGACAAAAGGCCGGAUUAAAACAAAAGAUACAAGACAUUAUUGGUGAGUUGGUCGCCUCCAAGUCCGGUUACGAGCGUCUAUUGACCGAUGCUGGGGGUAAUGAAUAG